AUGAACCACAUGGUCCUUGGGAAAUUGUUCACACUCGGAACGGAAGUCGAGUCCAUAGCCACCCUCCGUCUGCAGACGCAAGAGUGCACGCGUGUCAUCGCCAGCGCGCUGCCGCUAGUGAAGUCGUUCUCAGCUCUAGCAGCUUGGCCCAAGCUUUGGUGGAAGCGCAUACUGCUGCUGGUGUGUCUGUAG